AUGAUGACGACCCCUUCAUCGGUUGGUCUGAACACCACCUUUCCAUUCAUGAGCAAUGACAUGGUCUCAGGGACCGCCGGGCCCGACGAUGAUGACGGGCCUCAGACCGUCACGCUCACAAGCUGGCUUGUACCUCUCAUAUUCGGCAUCAUCACCGUCGUCGGAGUCAGCGGCAACGCCAUCGUAUGUUACGUAAUAUCACGCCAUGUUCAGAUGCGUACAGCGACGAAUUAUUACAUCAUGAACUUAGCUAUCACCGACAUAGCGUUUUUGGUGUGUUGUGCACCGUUUACAGCAGCUGUGUAUGCAACGAAUAACUGGAUCUUCGGCAGAUUCAUAUGCAAAUUCGUCAUGUACAUGAUGCAGGUAACAGCUCAAGCCACUUGUAUGACGUUGACAGCAAUGAGCAUUGACAGGUACCAAGCAAUCAUGCGACCUCUACGGUCAUUAGGGACCAGAACUCAAUCUGGAGUGCUAGUCGUUAGUGCUUGUAUAUGGGGAGUUUCAGCGUUAAUUGCGAUUCCUAUCGCGGUGUACUUCGACGUGAAGCAGUUCGAGUUCGGACCCGUAUGCAUCGAAGACUGGCCGAACAAACAAUAUAUGUACCCAGCCUACGGUCUCUUCACCGUCAUCGUCCUCUACGUCAUUCCCCUCUUCAUCAUCGUAGUCUGUUAUGUUUCCAUGCUAAGAACGCUCUGGAGGACAUCUCUACCGGGAGAAGAGGAAGCUUGUCAAAGCCAGAAUCAUCGUCGUGCUCAUAAACAAAAACGGCGGGUAACACUGAUGGUACUAAGCGUCGUCAUCGUCUUCGCUGCCUGCUGGUUUCCCGUCUACGUCGUCAAUCUAUGGUUCCGCUUCGAUCCCAACUUUCCUAAAACCAAUUUCAUGUACGGCGUCAAGGUCUUUGCGCACCUUCUCACCUACGCGAACUCGUGCAUCAACCCGUUCGUGUACUCGUUCAUGGGUCGGAACUUUCAGCGGUAUUUUCGGAAGGAAUGCGCGUGCUGUUACCCGUGCUCUUGCCAAUCGAAAGGGUAUACGCAGACCGGUGGUCGUAAAGUGAUGACGGAGGACCGCGCGAUGGCACAUUUUAAGUCAGGACAUUCGACAGGGAAUACGCAGUCGACGGUGGCUUUGCCACUCUUCUCUCGCAGCUCGCGAAGCUCACAAUCAUGA